AUGAAGCUUGCCAUCCUGGUCCUCCGGCUGGUUGUCGGCAUUCUGGCGUUUCCCAUGUAUCUGCUGAAACUUUUAGGCAUGUGGAACCGAAUAUGCAAGAAGUGCUUUCCCUACAUGCUGUCGCAGUUCUCGGUGAUAUACAACCAGUACAUGGCGAGCAAAAAGAAAGAGCUUUUCAGCAACCUGCAGGAGUUCUCAGGCGCCUCGGGGAAACUAUCGCUGCUGGAGGUGGGCUGUGGCACGGGGGCCAACUUUAAGUUCUAUCCUCCCGGGUGCAGGGUGACCUGUGUCGACCCUAAUCCCAACUUCGAGAAGUUCUUGUUCAAGAGCGUCUCAGAGAACCAGCAGCUACAGUUCGAGCGCUUCCUUGUGGCGGCUGGGGAGAACAUGAGCCAGGUGGCUGAUGGCUCUGUGGACGUGGUGGUCAGCACCCUCGUGCUGUGCUCGGUGAAGAACCAGAAGAAGAUUCUUGAGGAGGUGUGCCGAGUGCUGAGGCCAGGAGGUGCUUACUUCUUCUUGGAGCACGUGGCGGAUGAGCGGUCCACCUGGAAUUACUUCUGGCAGCAGGUCCUGGAUCCUGCCUGGUUCCUUCUGUUUGAUGGAUGCAACCUAACAAGAGAGAGCUGGAAGGCCCUGGAGCAAGCCAGCUUCUCAAAGCUCAAGCUGCAGCACAUCCAGGCUCCGCUGCCCUUAAGUUUGGUACAACCCCAUGUGUGGGGGUAUGCUGUGAAAUAG